AUGAGUCAACUAGAUAAUUUAAUUAGAAAGCGGGGGGUUAUAAAAGCAAAACUAACGAAUUUUGUUAAAUUUAUUAAUAAAUUUGAAUCUGAUAUCACGGAUGGCGAAAAAGAUCAUGAGUUAUUAUUAUUAGAAUUACAAAAUCGUUAUGAUCGCGCAAUUAAAAUAAUAGAUGAAUUUGAGGAUGUUCAAUAUGAAAUUGAUGUGUUGGGCGUCGAUAGUGAGACGCAGGAUGACGAACGAGAAACAUUUGAAGGGUCAUUUUACUCUAGCACCGCGAAAGUCAAGCGCCUACUUUCGAACAAAACCAUGUGUAGCGAUUCAUUAUUUGUAGCGAGUCCUACUCCGGAUCAGAGUGUGCGACUCCCGGUAAUCGACUUACCGAAAUUUAAAGGCGAAUAUGAAACCUGGUUGGAAUUUCGCGAUAUAUUCGAAUCGUUAAUACAUAACAACAACGCUAUAAACAAUAUUCAAAAAUUUCAUUAUCUGAUAUCCGCAUUAUCCGGGUCCGCUCGUGAAGUAAUAUCAAGCUUAGAAAUAACUCAAAUAAAUUAUGACGUUGCUUGGGAUUUACUAUGUACACAAAAAAUUGCUUUAGAAAAAGCACAUUUAAUUCGAAAAUUUAUUGAUGAUAUUCGUAAACACAUGCGCGCUUUAGCUGCUUUAAAAGAGCCUACGGAGAACUGGGACACGAUUAUUAUUUAUUUAGCUACAACUAAAUUAGACAGUGGCUCUAACCGUGAAUGGGAACAACAUAAAGUUUCAUUAAAAGGUCCCGAAUUAGAAGAUUUACUAGAACUAUUAAAAAAUCGUGCGGAUCUAUUAGAAACACUCGAUCACAUAGAAGUAAAGCAACCAAUAGCUUCAAAAUCAAAGACAAACGCGCGUACGAAAUCAUUUAUAGUGGCGAAUGAAUCAAACGUUAGAGUCUGUGCAAUUUGUAAAGGCGAACAUUACAUACAAGAUUGCCCAAAUUUCGCAAAACUUUCCGUACAAGGACGAAUUGAUCAGGUUAAACGUUUAAAACUUUGCAUCAAUUGUCUUAGAACCGGUCAUUAUCUUCAGCAAUGUCGCUCAAGUUCUUGUAAAAAAUGUAAAGCUAGACAUCACACAUUACUUCAUUUAGAAUAUAAUCGACCAGAACCGCCCUCACAGUCAUCAACGACUACGCAGGCUCACAACAUACAUUUUGCAUCUAAUACAAACGCGUAUUCAAACGUCUUACUUUCCACAAUCAUAAUUCAUGCCUAUAACAAACAUAACCGAAAAUAUUUGAUUCGAGCACUUUUAGAUCCGGGUAGCCAAAGCAGUUUUAUUUCGUCGGAAACUCGUCAACGGCUAGGAUUAAGUGAAAGAGAAACACAUGUUAAUGUCGCAGGUAUAAAUCAGUUACAAUCUACAAUUAAUAGUUCGUGUUUGAUACAAAUUUAUUCUCGUUAUACUGAUUUUUCGCUGAAACUUCGUUGUCUUGUCAUUGGGGAAAUCACGAGUGAUUUGCCAAAUUUCGUAGUAAACGCGAAUGAUCUACAAAUUCCAACUAAUCUUCGACUAGCAGAUCCAUCGUUUAACAAACCAGACAAAAUAGAUAUGUUGAUUGGAGCAGAUUAUUUUUGGGAAUUAUUGUGCGUCGGUCAAGUUAAGCUUCCUACUGGUCCAAUAAUGCAAAAUACGCGUUUCGGUUGGGUUAUUUCAGGGCCUGUAGUUUCCGCAAGCGCAAAAUUGACCUCACAUUGCAAUUUUUCUAAACUCUCGGUUACUUCUGACGUGAAUGAUAAGAGUUUCUCGUCAAUAUUAUGUCAACAAUUAGAACGCUUUUGGGAAAUCGAAGCGGUACAAACUCAAGCUCCAAUGUCAAAUGUAGCAAUGAUUUGUGCAGAACAUUUCAACAAAACGACAUAUCGCGCACCUGAUGGCCGAUUUACUGUAACAAUUCCUUUUAAAGAAAGCAUAGAACGAUUGGGUGAGUCCCACAAAAGCGCGGAACGUAGAUUAUUAAGUAUGGAGCGCAAAUUCAAAAGACUUCCUGAGUUUGGUGAACAAUAUAAAAGGUUCAUGCACGAAUAUCUCGAAUUAAAGCACAUGCGUAAGAUAAAUUGCAAAACAUCAGCUGAUUUGCAUUAUUAUUUACCACAUCACGGGGUUAUAAACGAAUCUAGCACUACUACCAGAUUGCGAGUUGUUUUCGAUGGUUCUUGCUCAACAACUACUGGGUAUUCCCUUAAUGAUUUACAAAUAGUUGGUCCUACUUUACAGCCUGAUUUGUUCAGCGCUUUAAUCAGAUAUCGUAAAUAUAUUUACGUAAUGGCUGCAGAUAUUAGAAAAAUGUAUCGGGCGUGUUUAAUAAAUCCCGAACAGACAAAACUUCAGCGAAUUCUUUGGCGUGAUUCUUCUGAACUUCCAAUAGACACAUACGAAUUAUUAACUGUGACAUACGGUCCAGCAUCAGCUAGUUAUUUAGCCACGCGUUGCCUAAAACAAAUAAGCUUGGAAUGCUCCGAUCCGGUUGUAGCAAACGUUAUUGGUAACCACUUUUAUGUCGACGAUCUAUUGACUGGAGCAAACUCUCUAGAUGAACUUAGUUAUAUCAUUCGCGAGGUUCAGAGCAAUCUUGAAAAAAGCGGAUUUCAAUUAGCCAAAUGGACGUCAAACGACCCACAACUUUUGCAAGAAUUUACAGAAAGUAAUAGUUCAGAGUCAGUUGAUCUUGGUCGAAAUGAGAAUACCCGUACUCUAGGUUUAUUGUGGAAUUCUACCGAAGAUGAAUUUCAUUACAGAAUAAAGAUAAACUCAGAUAAUUCGUUAACAAAAAGAGCUAUUCUUUCCGACAUCGCGCAAAUUUUUGACCCACUCGGAUUACUAUGUCCUGUUAUAAUUAAAGCAAAAAUCAUACUACAAAAAAUCUGGCAAACCGGUCUAGAUUGGGAUGAACCAUUACCUAACAGCUUGUACACCAGUUGGCUAAAGUUUCGCGACAAGCUGUCUUGCCUGAAUUCCGUACGAAUACCGCGUUGUAUUUCAUUAAAACAAUCAAAAAUCAUCGAAAUACAUGGCUUUUCGGACGCAUCAACUCAAGCGUAUGGUGCUUGCGUAUACCUACGUUCAUUUGAAUCGCAUAAAAAUAUUUCAGUUCAAUUGGUUUGCGCAAAAUCUCGGGUUGCGCCGUUGAAGAGAGUUACAGUACCGCGGUUAGAGUUAUUGGGCGCAUUGUUACUCUCUGAUUUAAUAAUCAAAGUAAAUGUAGCAUUAGGAUUGGACAUAUCGCGAAUAGUCUGUUGGACUGAUUCUAGUGUAGUUUUGGGAUGGUUGGCUAUGGAUCAUUCGAAAUUACAAGUCUUUGUAGGAAAUCGAAUUGCUCGUAUUUUGGAAAAAACAUGUGUUGAAAAUUGGAGAUAUGUAGUAUUGUUACGGGGGAUGGAUUGCGCCGAAGAAGAAACAACAACGAAAGGGGUCGUCUUCGAAUUGGCGGUUGAAGUGCUGGCUUGUUGUCGCUGCUGUUGUCGCUUCGGAGUUCGGUUGGAAUUCACCGCUGAUGGAAACCCGGCCGCCUUAAAUAGGCGCCCUUGGGUAAAACUCUAUCAACCGGGCGUUGUGGUUGGUUGGCGACCGUCCGAUCCGUAG